GUGAACGUGAGCCCCUGCCCCACGCAGCCGUGCUUGCUCCACAAGGGAACGUCCUACAGCAUCAACGUCACCUUCGCCAGCAAGAUCGAGAGCCAGGGCAGCAAAGCAAAGGUGUACGGUGAGAUGCUGCACGUGGACAUCCCCUUUCCCAUUCCUGAGCCUGAUGGAUGCAAGUCUGGGAUCCAGUGCCCCAUUCAGAAGGGCCAUUCCUACAGCUACCUGAAUAAACUCCCUGUGAAGAGCGAGUACCCCAGUAUUAAACUGAUUGUGAAGUGGGAACUGGUGGAUGACCAAGACCAGAUGUUGUUCUGCUGGAAGAUACCAGUGCAAAUCACCAGCUGA